CUGGUGGUCGUGGUGUGUGGUGGCAGUGUGAAGCUCUCCCUCUCUCAGGCGUCAGGUAGCUUCUUACUGUGUGGAUGGAGAGAUGCUGAGGAAAAACAAGGUCCUGCUGCUGCUGGGGUGGCUGACGUCGACGGCCCUCUGUGUUACAGCUUCACUUCGAGUCGUCUCAUCGUCGUCGCCAUUAUCGUCGUCACUCCUCUCGACGAUAUCCACCUCCUCCUACUCCUCAUCGUCUUCCUCCACUUCAUCGUCCUCCUCCACUUCAUCGUCCUCCUCCUCCUCCUUCUCAUCGUCCUCCUCCUCCUCGCCCUUGACAGUUACUUAUUUGCUUUCAACUUCAUCAUCAUCGUCAUCAAUCCCAUCAUCAUUAUCAUUGUUAUUUCCAUCAUCGUCUCCCUCUUUUCCUAAGCUAUCGUCCUCCUCGUCAUCUUUCUCGUUCACGUCAUCGUCACCUGCAUCGUCAUCCCCCUCGUCAUUUUGGUGGGGUAGUACGUGGCAGGAGGUUGUGUCGACAGAGGCAACCACAGUCCUCCAACACGACCACAACGACCAAGACAACCACACCAGCCAAGACGACCAGAACGACCACAUCAACCAGGACGACCAGGAAGCCUCAACGACCCCCAAGGAGGAGGAAGUGUGGGCCCCUCACCUGAGUACAACCAACAUCUCCGUGACGGUACACUUAGGGGCCACUGCCGCCCUUGACUGUGUGGUACACGACCUACACGACGAACCAGUGUCGUGGUUGAGACGUGUUGGAGACGUGUUAGAACUCCUUACAUGGGACACCCACACCUACACUAGUGAUGUCAGGUACUCGCUGGUGCGGGAGACAGGGGACAGAUGGCGCCGUUGGCAGCUGGUAAUACUCGACUCUCAGCUGAAUGAUCAGGGGCAGUACCGCUGUCAGGUGGCCACACAGCCUCCCCUGCUGCUGUCCGCCGCUCUCACCGUCAUUGAGCCGAGGGCGCGGGUGGUGGACGAGAGAGGUGAGGAGGUCAGAGAGAAACACUACAACAGCGGCAGUAUGAUAGAACUCAAGUGUGUCAUCGACCAAGUGCCCUUCCCACCUGGCCCCGUCACCUGGCGCAGGGGAGCUACCACCCUCUCCUUCAACACCUCCAGGGGAGGCAUUAGCGUGAGGGGAGAACCAGCCUGGGGGUACAUCAGAAGUCGUCUGUACGUGGCUGACGCGAGGCCCUCAGACUCCGGCGUGUACUCCUGCUGGUACAGUAACUACACCAGCGACGCCCUCACCGUGCAUGUGUUGGCUGGUGAAAACUCGGCCGCCAUGCAACACGACGCGUCACCUGGGGCAUCUUCCAGCGAGUCGAUCCCCACCUGGAGCUUCUUCACCUACAUCUACCACCUGUACCUACUGGCUGCCACUUGCCUCUCUGCCACCUGUACCACCACCUGACACUUAUACCUAGUAACGACACCACCAUUUGACACCAACAGCACCUCCUCACACCAACACCAAUAACACCACCAUUACCUCGCCUACACCACCUACACCACCUUGAUAUAACACUGAACAUUUACGUUAUCUUAUUUAAAUGACUUCCUUGAAUACAAAGCAUUAAUGUAAUACUCUUGUUGUUGUUGUUGUGUGUUUCAGUAAUACACAACUUAUGUGUGUAGCUGUAAUAGUGUUGAUUAAA